CGCCAAUUUUAAAUAUUGUAAACAAGUGCCACGCGAUUAGUGUUCAAAUGUUUUAGCCUGAUUAUAAGCUCAGCGAUGGAUCCUUACACAGAAUGCAAAGGUUAAGAAUAUGCAUGGUCACGUGGGAUGAGAUAACACAAAAUUCAAAAAAGAUUGAAGACUGGCGGUAAGAUAAAAGGAGACGUUCAUUUAAAAUGAUGUCGGACAGCAUACGAGAGGGGUCUGAUAGUUCGUUUGAGGAACUUGCAGAUAAAACAAUCGAGAAUAUCGAUAUAUCUAAAUUGGGAUCUUUUGAAGAGAUCGCAGUGGAAUCCUUUCAGGAACUUGAAAAAUAUAACGAGCAGGAACUCUCAUCAGGCGACCUACAGAGACUGUUAGAAAAAACACGACAUCGUAGAGAAGUUCUGAAUCAGAAACUGGGAAAAACUCCAGAUGUGACUCCAAGAAAGCGAAUUCUAGAGCAGAAUCUGGCGAGAGAAAAUGUACCUGCUGUGUCUCUCACUGCAAAGGAUGGUUCCCCAGGGAAGAGGCAGUGUGUACGUGAUGAAGAACAGCUAGUUCACCCAGACACACCAGCUAUAAAUGGAGUCAAGUCUAGAAUGCAGACCUUAGCCAAACAAAGAGAGCAUUUCUCAGAGAUGGAAACAGAUGUGUGUAACAGUGGUAAAGAAGUUCCAGUACAGAACAAUAUCACCUCUCAGAGGGAGGAAGCAGGGAUUUCAAAGGAAAAUGUAGGAGAGACAGGGGCUCCUAGUGGAAGGAGGGGACGGUUUGCUCACCUGGCUCAGACCAUCAGUACCUGGGAGGAUGAUUUGAGCCACCCAACAAUUCACAAACCAGAGGAACCUAAACCAAGAUGGCAGCCACCUAAACCAGACUCAGUUACAGGUCCACUCAAACCAGCACCAGUGAAAACUACCCCAAGCCCUCCACAGUCGUCAGUGAAGCCCCCACCAGCACCACCGGCCCCAGUUGUUCCUUCCCCAAAGAAAACACAUGCCCCACCACCGCCUACAACCACAGCCAGUAAACAGUGGACAAACUGUAGCAGUAAGCCUGAAGAUAGAAAACCUCAAUUACAGAAGGAAAGACAAGAGGAGGCCACCUCUAAAUCUGUGUCUGAGAGACUCAAUAGCUGGAAGUCCUCUGAAACUCCUAAAAAGGAAAAGCCAGUAGAUCCAUCUGAACAACCAGUCUCUGCCAAAAAAGCUGUGUGGGAGCAGAAGAUAUCGACCCCUACAGCAUCUGUCAGCAGGGUGCAGCACCCAGUCCGACAGAUGGCCACUCCCAUCUCUGAUAAGCCACCACUAUCCAAACCACAGUUCUCAGAGUCCAAGAAUCCAAGUGCUCCCACUCAGGCGGAGUCCAGGGUAGAAAAAGGUGACCCUGCAGCUCAACCAGUGUCAGCCAGGAUGGCAUCAUGGCAGCAAAGAAUGUCCGAGUCAACACCACGAAAAGAGGAUGAACCAACAGCUUACUCUGUCAAUGCCAGAAUGUCAGCAUGGGAAGAGAUGUCCUCAAGCAAUAAGGUGUCUUAUAUUAAAAAGGUGGACCCCAGCAGUGUUUCACCUGGCAAGAAAUCUCCAGUGAAGGCUCCAGUGUAUGGUAGUGCUAAAAAAUCAACUCCAGUAAAGGCUAUUGGACAAACUACAGAAAAUAAGAUGGUCACUCCAUCAAAAUCAGUCAAGGAGAAUAUAUUACAGAAAGCUGAUCACAUUAAAGCAGCAACUGAGAGUCCAGUAAAGACUGAAGCCACACCAGGGAAGAUAGGCAGCGCUACUAAGAUCAUGCAACAGAAGCUGCUGGAGCAGGUGUCUCACGGAAAAACAGCGGACACUGCGGAGAAGAUGAGACGUGAGAGAAUGGAGGAAGUACAGCUGCUGCAGAAUCGGCAUCAGAAUGGGAUUCUCAAGGAGGAGGUCCCCACCAAAGAAAAGACCCCAAGUGACACAGAGGACCAGAAAUUGACCAAGGACAUUGGAGACAGCAGAAGGGAAGUCAUCAGAGCCAAGGCCAGAGCUGAUGACAGCAGUGAUGCAUCUUAUGACUUCAAAGAGAAACAAGGACAACCCACCUCCCAGGCCAAACCACCCGUGGCUAACAGUACUCAGUCAAAGAGUAACCCCUCACCCAGCAUAUACCGCCUCAUAUCACAGAAAAGAAAUGAGAAGCCAAGCAUGCCAGGAAACAAGGAUAGGAAGUCAGAUGACAGUUUUGACAGUACUGAAGAUGAGGAACUGUACACAAGGAGACCUCUGUCCUCAACUCAGGAGGAGAAGGAAGAGGAGGUAGUGUCCUCAACUGAUGAGGGGAUGCAGAGACAGCCUAGUGAAUCAGAAAGUGAUAUCGGUCCUCGGGCUCCCCUCCCCUUGAUGGAGGAGGAUGACUCGGACAGUGAUGAUGUCAGUUUUAGUGCUUUUGUCCCCGCCUCUGUCAGACGACAGAGUGUGCUGCCCAGUGGUCCACAGAAAGAACCGGAACAGAGGGAAAACAGACCCAAACCAACAAUAAACCCUGUGGCAUCAGUUCCUUCCAGCUGCAGGAGUGGCAGCAAUCUGGUGGUUCCUCAGCAGCAGACCAGCUCCAGUAGUCUGGAGAGUACAUCAAGUGAUCAGAGUUCUUACUCCACGGAAUCUAGAGAAUACUCGGAUACUGAAGAUGACGAAUCAUCAGAAAAUCAGAUCAAUGACCUCCUAGAUGAAGCUAUGAGUGAUGAGGAGGAGGAGACUGGUAAACCAAGAGCUGCUCCGCGCAAAAGACGAAGUCAUAUGAUGGCUACAAGUGAAGAAAAUGCUGGGAACCUGGCCUACAGUGUUAGCAUGUACAGGUCACGCAGAUACCUGCAUGAGUCUAAUUCUCCUAAGAAAAGAAUUAUUCGUAAUAGAGAGUUUGAGGAUUCUAUACAUGAAGAGAAUAUUGAGAUGCCUACACAGUUACCACCAGAGCUGGAACGCAAGAGCAUUCAGGAGAGAAUCCAGGAGCUUCAGGAAUUGGUCAGCCAGGAACAGAGUGUCAUCAUGCAGACCAGUAAUGCCCUAAACCAGUGCUGCUCCAGUAAUUCUUACUUCCAGGGUUCACCAGAACAAGUCGAGUGUAACAGACUCCUGCUUAUUGCCUGUCAAAAGAGACAAGCUUAUCUGACUGAGAUUCAGCGCUUAAAGGAGUCUGGAUGUUUAGACCCCCCAGGAUCUGGGCCCCGGGGAUCACUGACCAUAAGUGAUAUAAGGCUGCCACUGAAGAAAGAGUUUGUUACCAAGAUAGGAACUGGUUCAGAUAACACAGUUCACUACUUCCUGUUGUUGAUCCGAAACCAUGCCCAAGUGAUUGUGACCCAGAUGUUAUCUACACAUGACCCAAUGAUGAGAGGUAGUCUGGACUUCCCAAACCUGAUCAAAAUCCACGGCAUCUGUGGCAACUUCAAACUCAACCUGGAAAUAUACAGCAUGUCAAUAUCCAGAGAAGCUAUAAAGGACAAGAAAAGAAAAACUCCUAAAAAAGCCCCAAAAGGGCACCUGGCACCAGAUUUUUAUUUAGCUCCCAGUCCUGGUGGUCCUACGGCAGUGAGGACAACAAGUUUUACCCUGAUUACCACCCUCCCUAUCACCAUGAGGGCCCUGGACAAGACCUGCUUUACUCUUGAAAGGAUUCCAUAUUUGUCUCCACUUCAUGGCACAAUUUACAUGAGACUGAAAUGUUUAAUGGAACAAAAUGUAGAGGAAAGAGGAUUCUUGACAAUGUUUGAGGAUGUCAGUGGAUUUGGAGCCUGGCACAGAAGAUGGACUGCACUUCAGGGGAACAAACUCUGUUUCUGGAAGUAUCCUGAUGAGGAAAACAGGAAGGAGCCAAUGGGAAUAAUUGAUUUAAAGAGGUGCGUCACAGAGAAGGUGGGCCUAAUACCCAGAGACAUCUGUGCUCGCCCCAACACUUUUGAACUAGUCACAGUACGACAACCCAGGAGGGGGGAAGAGGACACUUUGAUUAGCAAGACGUACAACACCAUGACAACCAUUAGACACAUGAUUUCUGCUGACACUAAAGAGGAGAGAAUAAACUGGUGCAACAAAAUUAACAGGGCACUAGCUAACAUCAGAACCUGGCACUCAGAUGCGCUAAGACCAGUCAGAAUGCCAAAGACCACAGAGUGAUCAAAGCAUCACUGGACAGAGCUCUUUGAUGCAUUAACAUUUACUGAGUGCAAUAGAAAAAAAAUGGAUUCAGUUUUUGCUUUUAGCAUAAAACUUGGAUUUCUUAAUGAUUUUGAAUGAGUGUCAAGUAUUUAUUAGCUGACCUUUUUAAUAGAUAUUAAACACAUGCAUUUACAAUAUUUACUGUGCACUCCAUGUAUUGUAUACCAAUGUAAGGAAUAUGGGUAUUUAUCUACAUGUAGCUGUAGAAAUUAUAAACAAGCAUUUUCAGUUGAAGUGCAUCUCUAUCAGCUAUUCUCACUAUUACAAAAAAAAAGGAAAUAGAAUUUCACAGAUGUUGGGACACAUCCUACAUUGUAUGACCUCAGAGCUCUUAGCUUUUCUUUCUACAUUGUGUUGAUCACAAUCUUUUUCCUUCUCUCUGUCUUUCAAAUUUCUAAAACUUUGUCAUUAUACUUGUGCUGGUGUAACAUGUUAAGUUUACCUUGUACUGGAAUUGGUUGGGUGGAAUUAUUAUUAAUGUAUCAUUUCAAACAUUCUGCAAUCUCUUGUUUUAUUUAACUGAUGUACUAAAUAUUUCUGAGAAGGUGAUAAUCAUAUUCAAAAAUCAUCAUUGCUACCCUGCCUACUUGUUUGUUUGCUAUGCCCUAAGUUAUUGUAAUACCCCAAAUAAAAGCAUUUUGUGAUCAUGUAGAUAUAGAUUUUACUUGCAUUAAUUUACAGAUACGUAAUCUCAUUUUCCUUUUUAAAAUGUAUUCAAUAUGUCUAACAUGUAAAUCAUUGCAAACAUUUUUGGAUUAAAAUUUAGUCCACAUCAA